ACCAAAAGAAAACCACAGGGCUCAGUAGGAGCCAGGAGUUGAAAUUGACUUGACGGCACACUUUACCUUUACAAGGCAGGAGGUUCACUACCCUCCUUCAUCUUCAGAGAGAGAAGCCCUGUGGUACUCAGCCCUCUCUUUCAGCUUCAGACUUGCUCAUAACUGUCUGUUUCUUCGAAGCUGCUGCUUUUUCUUCCUUUUCACACUAAUACGCCUUGCAUCAGCCGGCAGGGACACCUCUUCUUUCCACAUUCCAGAGCAAUCUUUACCCAGAGACUCACAUUAAUGGCCAGUAAGGAACACAGACCGGGUCUCCUGGAAUAAUAGCCAGAAAACUACCUUUAAAAAAAAUGCUGCCCAUUUACCUGUGCUUAGUCCAUUUCCACCCCCCUAAUAAUACUAAUACCACUUUCUGGGAAGGAAGGAAAGAAUGAAGGAAGGAAGGUUUUUUUAAAAAAGAGUUCACAAAGAACUCUUUGUCACUCAAUAGUUCACGGGACAAAAAUUGCAUUUAUAUAUUCAACCCCUUCUCCAAAGAGUUCAUUGUGCAUGGUUCUUCUCCCCUUUUAUCCUCAAAACACCUUGGCAGGUCACUUAGGCCGAGAUAUAAUGACUGGCCCAAGGGCACCACCCAGUGAACUUCAUGGCUGAGUGGGGGAACUGCCAUCUUCCAGAUUUAAAGGUCCAACAUUUUAACUCCUACACCACACUGGAUCUCACUGAGGUCUCCCUUGUCAAAUUUUAGGUUGUAGGCUUUUCAGGUCAGGAAUUUAUCCUCUUACUGCAUACAUGUUGCAUAUGAUGGCAUUAUAUCAAUAAUAAAUAAUAAUUAGUAAGCUCUCUGUUCUAUCCAUCCCCAAGCCUAGUUUCUACUGGCAGUGACAAUAAAAAGGAAUCUCUGGAUUGCAAAAGAGAGAAAAGAAAGCAGUUGCUUAACAUCUGUGGGAAGACAAUAGCAUUUCCAGAAUUCCCCCACCCCAAGUCAUAGCUACUAUAGGGCAUCUGUUAUGUUAGGCAGUGCUUCAGAAAAAGGGGAUGUCUCUCUAAACAGGGAUCACAUGGCAGUUCUAAGUGAGAGUGACUGAGUUAAAACCGUAGAGCUUGCAGAGUUGAUGCUUCCUAGAAAGGACUCAGAAGGAAGUACAGUUGUAGAAGGGUCUUAAUCAUGAAGGGACCUUCCUGUUGCAAGCGGAUCUCCAUAGCCAGACACCUAACAGCAUCCCCAUGCCCCCUCUUUAAUGAAAACAAAGCCAACGGGGAACACACAAGGGAGACGGCGCCAAAUAAGAUUCCCCAGUGCCAAUACUAUUGUGACCUCCCAUAUGGAAAGUGGGAAAGAAACAUGCAUCCUGGAUCUUCAGGAUGCCUGUGAAGGAGAGACAUUAGCAGAAGGUGUUGAGAUAAUAAAUGAAGAUAAAGAAGAAGGAGCCGAAUCACAGAAGAUACAGAAAAAAGACAAGGAGAUUCACAGAGAGGCAGAGAUGCUGCAAGAAGUCUCUCCAGAUAGAGGAGUCACAGCAGAAGGUUGUCCAAUGGAAACUACUCAGCGUGAGGUCAGUAAUGGUGAAUCUGUCAUUUCUGUGGGGCAGGAAUCAACUGACCACCUUUCUGAUAAUGACAGGGUGCCCAAAGCCACCAUCUGUCCUGACUGUGGGAAAAGCUUUAGCAACAGCUCUCACCUGGUCCGGCACCGUCGUGUCCACACAGGUGAGAAACCCUACAAAUGUCCCCAUUGUGACAAGAGCUACCGCCAAGACUCCCACCUGGUCCAGCAUAUGCGCUCUCACACGGGUGAGAAACCAUACCGCUGCACUCACUGUGGCAAGGGCUUCUCACAAAGCUCCAACCUUAUCAUCCACCAGCGGACACACACAGGUGAACGCCCUUUCACCUGUCCUGAGUGCGGACGGAGUUUCAGCCACAGUUCUGAUCUCAUCCAGCACAAGCGAAUCCACACAGGCGAGAAGCCCUACGUCUGCUCCAUCUGUGGGAAAUGCUUUUCACAAAGCUCCAAAGUCACCCAGCACAAGCGUUUCCACUCUGGAGAACGGCCAUUUUCCUGUGGGGAAUGCACCAAGACAUUCCGUCUCCGUGCUGAUCUGGUCCGCCACCUCCGUGCCCACACAGGCGAGCGGCCCUUUGGCUGCCCGGAGUGUGGGAAGCACUUUGCUGAGAGCUCCCAUCUUAUCCGGCACCAGAGGAUCCACAUGAGUGAGCGGCCCUUCCGCUGUCCAGACUGUGGGAAGGGGUUCAACCAGAGCUCCAACCUCCAGCAGCACCAGCGGGUGCACAGAGGCCAGAAACCCUUCAAAUGCGAUGAGUGUGGAAAAGGCUUUGGUGUAAGUUCUGCCCUCUUGCAACACCAGCGCACGCACACAGGUGAACGGCCCUACUGCUGCAACCAGUGUGGGAAGAGCUUCAGUGUCAGCUCCACCUAUCACAUACACCAGCGUAUCCACGCUGGCCAAAAGCCUUACUCAUGCGCUGAUUGUGGGAAAGGGUUUGUGCGCAGCUCUGCUCUCCUUCAGCACCAAGCCACCCACACUGGUGAAAAGCCUUUCCGUUGCCCUUACUGUGGCCGGGGCUUUGGCCAAAAGUCAGCACUUUCCCAGCAUCGGCGAGCCCAUGUCAGAAGGGGAGAGACCCUGACUUUGGUGGCAGGGUGGGAAGCUGCAGGGAUGGAAGGUGUUGGAGACCAGGGUGUGGACGGAGGAGUGGAGAGCAUGUGGCAGGGCAAUGGACUAGGGAUCAUGGAGCAGGAAUGGCAGGGUGACGGGGAUGAGAGCAUGAGGCGGGAAUGGGAGGAUGAUGGGGAUGAGGGUCUGAGGCCGGAGUGGCAGGAUGAUGCUGAUGAAAGUGUAGAGCAGCGAUUGCAGGGGGACGGUGGAGAGACCAUGAGGCAGGCAUGGAAGGAUGGCCUGGGUGGAACUGUGAGGAUAGAGUGGCAGGAUGAUGAGGAUGAGAGAGCGGACCAGGGUUCACAAGGCGAUUGUACUGAGAGCAUGGGGCUGGAGUGUCAAGAUGAUGACGAUGACGAUGACGACAGGGUAGAGGAGGGUUUGCAGAAUGAUGGCGACGAAAGCAUGAGGUUAGAGUGUCAGGAUGAUGAUGAUGAUGAUGAAAGUGCGGAGGAUUUGCAGGGUGAUGGGGAUCAAAGCACAAGGCAGGAGUGUCAAGGUGAGAGUGUGGAGCAAGAGUGGCAGAAUGAGGGAGAUGAAAGUGUGAAGGAGAAAUGGGGGAAUGCCAGGGAUGGGAAUGUAAGGCAGAAGAACACAUGUGUGCAGCAGGAGUGGCAAGACAGUGGAGAUGAUAGUGAGAAGCAAAGUUGGCAGGGGGACAGAGAGGAUAGCUUGGAGGGAGAGUGGGGAAAGAGUGGGAGACAGGAUUGCCAGGUUGAAGAUGAGGAUAUUGUGGAAUCAAAGUGAUUGGCUGUAGCCGAAUGGAAGAGAGUCUAGGAGUGGGAGGCCUUGGGAGUGUGUAUUAUAGCCAAAACCAGCAAGCCAUCAGUUUGGAUGUAGUGGACAGAAAUAGCAGAACUCCAUCUGGGUGCAAAGUGGUCUUGUUCUUCUGCAGAGAACGUGGCCAUGCUUGUAUUUGUGGGAGAUUCUGCUGGAGCUGCUCUCCACUUGAAAGUGUUCCUCACCCCAAUACCCGCAUGCCUGUGCUAGGUACCACCAAAUGGCUGCCUCAUGGUCAAGCUUUAUGAUGACCCAGCAACCUGUGUUGUCCCAAGUCUUCUGCCAUUUGCAGAUCAAAUUAAUUCCAAAUUGGGUGGUCUUAUUCAGACUAUUUUAAAAUCAUACCCUACAUAUGUACAUAGUGUGCAACACUCCCCAACCCAAACCAUGUUCUGUCAAAUCUGUCAAGCUCCUCCCCUGAGGUUGGUGCCUUUUCAUGAAGAGAUGGGUGUCUUUUUCCACCAUUUGAGCAAUUCUUGCUUCACUCUUGGAGUUGAUCUGGUAGGGCAUCUCACUUCAAAAUGAAAUCACUGGCUAAAUGGUGCUUUGUGAGCAAGAAUGAUUAACAUUGUCCUUUUAUUUUCACUGUUAUUAUUUAGAAGCCCAGCAGAAUCCGGGCUGUAUGUAAAAUUCCAGUAUUUAACUAGAACAGCUUUUACAACUCUUAUUGCAUGUGCCAGACCCUUCCCCUCCCUAACUGUAGUUAUUUUUGUAACUCUGCUUUCCAGCUCUUAUCCGUGUCUCCUUAAGAACUAAUAAAUGCUGUUUUUUUAUUUCA